AUGGAACGCUUGGUGAAAUUCCAGAUGACCCACAGCAUACCAUACUUUUUGGACGAAGAGGCGCACUUUUCUGGAUCUAAAAGACCAAGCAUCAACUCGUACAAUGACGCCAUGAAUGCGGUUUCCAAGACUGGGGAUGUGAGAACUGUCCAACACUUGUUCGACAGGUUCCUUGCAGAUCAUGGCAGCCCGAAGUCUCAAAGGUCGGUGACCCCCCUUCUUGCCGUUCACGCAAGGCUAGGUGAUGUGCGCGAAACACGGCGACAAUUCGAUCGAAUUCCUACAGAAUUUGGCCUCCCGCUGAACACAGUUUGCUGGAAUAUACUGCUUCUGGCGCACACCACUGCCAAGGAUUUAUCAGGUGCUAUUUCUGCCUUCUCGGAAAUGCGAGAGAAUUUUGUACCUCCAAACUCGUACACAUUCGGCACACUGAUGGGGAUUUUUGCCCAGCGAGGUGACGUCGAAGCUAUUCGUCAAUUGCUCAAAGAGGCGCAAAAAAGUCGAGUUCAAAUCACAAGGCCAAUGCUUGAUACGGCUGUUCAGGCGUACUGUAAGAAUGGUCAACUAGGUCAUGCAGAAGAGCUUGUCGCAAGCAGCUGGGACUUAGCGGUGGGAGGGUCUCCCUUGCGAAUGUGGAAUUUUCUUCUAAUGCGCUAUGCAUUCAGGGUGUCAAAGUUUUCCUUCCGACGCGUUCUUGACCGCAUGGGACGAUUAGGCUUGAAACCGGAUGAAAUGACUUACGCGGCUAUUAUGCUUGCUUAUGUCUAUGCUAAGCAGGUGGAUCGUGCGCAGACUACUCUCAGGAAGAUGCACGAAGCCGGUUUGAAACCCACCGAGCACCACUAUUCUAUUCUCUUGCUUGGAUACGUGAAGCAACGGAACCGUGAUAUGGUUCACGUCAUCUCCCGCGAAAUGCAAGCACGGUUCGGUCGAGUUGGGAUGGAGGCAAGCCUGUUGAACCUGAGAAUGCAGAUCACGAGAGACGUGGAAAACGCAAAAGAUCUUCAAACUCCCGUUGAAGAUAUCGUCUUGGAGAACGCAGAAAAGACACUUUCUGAAUCAAUCGCACAAUUCAAUGCCGAUCCGUCGCCAGCCAACAGUCGAUUAUCUAAACCGUUAGAGGGAUUUGCUCUUGAUUCUUUCACUGCCACGCACUAUCAACGGCUGGUCGACGCAUAUGGCACCGAAGCUGGCGCCGAGAAGGCACUUCAAACCUUCAAUCAUUACAUGGAAUCCAGACGAACUGCAGGAUCAUUGGACAGUGAUGAAUUGGGAUCAUUACCGAUUGACUUCAUCAAAGCCGUCAUGAAAGCCUAUUCAAAAACCCAGAACCACGAAAAAGUGGAAGAGUGCUGGGCCAGUAUUAUGGCAAAUGUGAGCAAGACAGCUGGUACCUGUGACCUUGACAAAAUCUUGUCUGCUCGGUCGCCGAUGUCAACCCCGCCAGCGCCAGCCGAGUCCCAUCUCCCGUCAAUUCUUUCAUUAUCCACCACCCAAUCAGAAAAGCCGAAAAUCAUUCCGGCCCAACGCUUCAUCCUAGACUAUCCACUUUCGCUUUACCUGAAGUCGUUGGCUUCCCGGGGCAUGUUCAAGAGGAUGCAUCAAGUUGUGGCCGAAGUUCAGACAGCAGGCUUUGCGUUGACUGGUUUCAACUGGUCAACCUAUGUUAGGGUGCUUGCAGCAUCUGAUAAUUAUCCCGACAAUGUGGAAGCAUUUCGACUGUUUGAAGAGAAGUUCAUUGCUCAUUUCCCUGGUUGGUCGUGGUUUCUCAAGGGAUACGGCGUGAGACCACUCAACGCCCCCGUGACAAUCCUCCAUCUCGAAGGUCGCUCGGGUAUCACAAAACCUCGCAGGAUGAUGGGAAAACUGGCCCGAAGGCACUGGCGCAGAAUUGAGCCAGAUUAUAUGCACCCGCAUUACCCCACCAUGGUGCAACUAGCCGGCACACUGCAGCGGCUCCGGCAAACGAGCAUUAUGGAGGGGAAUGAGCAUCUGGCGAAUCUCUACAAAAUUGCGCCACAGACCGUUGAUGCCGUUGCCGCGAUGCCAUACGUGCCUGAUAAAUAUCAGGGUCCAAUCCUUCGCGGCAAGGCGGCCAAAAGUGAUAUUCUCCCACGCCCGGCUCGUGUGUUUUCCUCGCGUUCUGGUGCUCUUGGUCCCAGCGGCGGCAUGCAUAAACGCACUUUUGAUGACGCGACUGAGGAGCCUCUCGUGUUGAACAGUGACCACAUCUCCAAGUCUUCCGCCCACGAGUUGACUUUUACUGGUUUGCUCCCCAAUAACAGCUAUGACAUGCCCAGCUCUCUGACGAGCAUCCUUCCCCGCGACGACCAAGUUGACCUGGAAACCACCUUUAAUGAACAUCACAAGAUUACAAGACAAUGGAAGGAUCGAACCGAGAAUUACAAGGAGCUCAUUGCUAAGGCGCAAAGAAACAAGAAUUUCCCGCGCGCCAACGCCUACAAGCGACGAUUAAACAAGCUGCAACAGGUCGACAUCAAGAGGCCGACUCCUGAGCGGCAACUGUUUGACAAGGAUAAUCGCAAGUGGAAGCUGCACACCCCAACCUACCUUCUCUACAAGCCCAUCGCCGGGUUCCAUGUGAAACCUGGGCGGACAUCAUCACAACGACUGUCCGAACGGAAAAAAUACAUGAGACCCUGGACGCCCAGGGAAAAAUCCGGCGAUGACCAGUGA